AUGGCCGUCACCACCUCGCGCAAUGACGCGCUACGGCUGUUUGAUCAUACUCAGCUCGAGAUACCCUCCAUACAACCCACACAGACGCCCCCACGAUCGAGACGGAAAUCAUUUACAUGGCCGACCCUGCGCGCAUUCUCGCCCCUUCUCCUCAUCCUCGCCAUAGCCUCCUUCCUCCCGCUCGCAAGCGCCGUGUUCGUAAACUUCGAAGAUUGCCUGACGCGGCUCUACCUGGCCGAUGGCAAACAGACGCCCUACCUCCGCUUCACCCCCGAAUAUGUCUGGGCUGACUUCAGUCCGGAUCAUACAUUGAACGUCACUGUGUAUGGAAAUGUCUCCGGCCAAGCCCAGGUUGGCCCCUACCCACCGUUGGACGACGACAACUGGAAAGACCCGAACAUGACGUUUGGCAAGAUCGUGGAACUUGCGCCAAAUCACAAGCACUAUACGACUCUAUUCUGGAGCAAUAGGGUCCUGUCCUACUCUGCAUACACAGCUCCCCCCACCUCGUUCUGUAAAUCCGUCCUCAACACGAGCUGCCCAGUGGCGCCUUCCUUUGGUGGCAACUUGAGCGAAUUCUGGACCAUGCCUGCUGUCAGUGUCGCUCACAAGUUUGACAGCUCGUAUGCCUUCUCAACAUGGGCUUCGACAUUGCGUAUCGUCUCUGGUGACGACAAUGCCCAGGCUCUCGGCUGCAUCUCUGCAAGCAUCACACCAGACCUCGGCAAAACACUAUCAGAUGCGAUAUGCUAUCUCCCGGCUGCCGUGCUCGCCCUCGUGGCCAUCGCAACUGCCUUUGCGGCGACCUGCAGCCCGUGGGGAACCUCGGAUAUCUUCCGUUGGACCAGCAACUAUGGUCGGGACGAAGAUUUGUUGCGCUUGGUCACCCCAGGAUUCGGAGACUGUCUGCAGUACAUCCAGUUCAUCGUCUUGGCAGGAAGUCUCAGCCUAAAUUAUCCUGGUUACUUCCAACCCACCAUCAGCCAGGCUAGCUGGUCACUCCUUUUGUGGAACCAAAGCUUUGUUAGCCAAGGUAAUGGAUCUCAGAGUCUUGUUGACGGUAUCUACUUCGUCAACGGAACCUACGGCUUGACUCGCCUCGGACAGUAUGUCGGUAUGACCAAAGAGCGUGACAUAUGGGCGUGCAUGGCCAUCUUCCUGCUCGUCCUCAUCGCCUGUGUCGUUGUGCUCACCCAACUUGGCUUCUUCAUACGAUGGCUCUACCGUUGGCUGACCAACACACAGGACGGUGACUUGACUGGGAAGAACUUCGCCUUUACUGCUGGCAACAUCAUUCGCGUCGUCUUCAACUACUUCAUGCUUCCCAUCAUAGCGCUUUCCUUGUUCCAGCUCGUAGUUGGCCCACGCUCCCCAGCCACUGUCGUCUCUACAGCCGUUAUAAUGCUGAUUGUCGUCGCUGGAGUAGCUACCUGGAUCUUCUGGUUCAUCUUCACCACGCGCCCUCGCGCCCACUUGUUCGACGAUCUUCCCACCGUCUUGACUUAUGGACCACUCUACAACACGUACUCCGAUGAUGCCGCACCCUUUUCUUUUAUUCCCGUCUUGCUCACCAUUAUCCGUGGUAUUGCUAUCGGUGCUAUCCAGCCUUCCGGCAUUGCCCAGAUCAUCAUACUUGCUAUAUGCGAAGUAAUCCUAAUUCUCACUCUACACGCUUUCCGCCCUUUUCAGUCAAACACUUCGAUGAAUGCCUACCACACCUUCUUCUCGACCGUGCGACUUAUCUGCGUCCUUCUCUCGGUAGCGUUUGUACCGACCCUUGAUGUGGAUGAAGCACCAAAAGGCUGGAUUGGGUACAUCAUCCUGUUACUUCAUGCCAUCGUCUUGAUAUUUGGCUUUUUUCUCAACGCUCUCCAAACAAUCAUCGAGGUUUCUGCCCGACUUACUGGUGCAGGUGCGGAUACGCGAGGUGGCCUCACUAAGGUCUUUGGAAAACGGCAAUUGUCGAAACGCAACGGCCGCCGACAGACUCGCGGCAGCCUCAACUCAAAUGCCGCCAUGUUAUCACAUGACGAGAACAAGAACAUACAGCUCAUGAACAGUCGAUCUCGGAGUCUGUCUGCCAGUUCAGCUGUUCUUCUGAACGGUCCAUAUGACCGAGAUAGCCAACGCGCAAGUGUUGGAUUUGAUGGCUUCAGUCAGGGUGACUACGGAAAUGUCAGCCCAACUCCUGGAUCAGGCACGGUACCUUUCACAUUCUUGGGCGGGUCAUCGGGCUCAAGCUCUCGGCGACCGACGAUGGGCACUAUGGACGCUGCGGAUCCUUAUUAUCGGCCUCCAAGACCUCGUAAACAUACCAUGGACUCCAUCACCGCUCCUGCACCAGGGAAAGGACCUUUGGGAAGUGCAGACAUCGUGGAUACUCCAUACUCGGACAAUGUGGAUAUGGAAGCUAUCAAAGCAGGCGAAGGUCCGUCUCGUGGCUCCGGAACACCCGCCCCAGCCUAUCUGCGGCUGAACCGAGACGACUCCGAUCCCAACCUAGACAGACGGAACAACAACACCGACUACUCUGUACGCGAGUCGGACUUUUACUAUGGACUCCGCGGCCCCGCUCUGUCUUCUCAACCUACGCGAAAGUUGAAGACGGGACCAGCCGAUCCCAUGAGCCCUGUAUCAUCGGCUACUGGCUGGUUCAAGAGCUUGAACUUAUUAGGUGGUCGGAAGAAGGAAAAGAGCAAAGGUUUCGAAGUGGUUAGAAGUACGCGUAUGCCGCCGCAAAUGAUGGCGGUCGAAGAAGACGUCGAAUCACCAGAAGUCGUGCAGGAGCCAUACCGUGACAGUCCUGAGUCGCCUCAGCGAACUCGGAAUGUAUCUGGAGGAUCGGGCGUAGCAACAGCGGCCGCUUUGGCUGGUGAGAGACAGGAGUCUUCCGAUAGCGACUCCGACACGAGUGACGAGGAACGAGACUACGACCCCAUAAACCGCGUUUCGCCCACUGCACCGGCUCUGGGACCUAUUGAGAGUUUUGGUGGAAUCGAGCUGCCCAGUAGAAUUGGGUCGCGUGCCUCCCGUGUCACACAAGCAACGGGGCCUCCAAGCCGUGUACCAUCAAUACCGAGGAAAAACUCUAGGCGUACAAAGUCGACUGAAGCCGCCCUUUUCCCAGAUCGAUUAUCUACAGUUAUGGACGUGCCAACGUCAGAAAGUCCAAUGUAUCAGUCAACCAGCCAAAGACGGAGUCAGCACUUGCAACCAGGUGGACCUGGCGGACUACCUAUUCGCCUACCUUUUGGAUCUACUGAGCCUUCCCCAGAGCGUUCGCCCGGACCAUCGGCAGCGUCAAGUAUAUAUCGCAAUGACGGUACCAGUGAGCUGAAUGCACCGACGCCAAUCGGCGGAACGUCCGAGCGGCCUCUCAGCACUGGGACGGUCCAGCAUCAUGUGACGAAGGACAGUGUUCAACGUGACGUGUACGAUGCGGGAAGCCACCUCGAAGCCUCGGCAGAGAUUGUAGAUCGGAGUCGCAGUGGCAGCACACAGCACAGUGGACGCAGCUAUAAGCGAUGA